CUCGUCGAGUGUCUCAUGCUUUCUGUCUUACGCCAUACGUCUUUCUACACUAUUUAUUCCCACUAAUUCCUAACGAUUCUUUGUGUUGCUUACGGAUAUUUAUUUUAUUUUUUUUUUUUUUUUCAAUUGAUUUUAUUAUUUUUUUCUAAAUAAAUCAUACAUCCCGAACCGAACCAGAAAUCGAAAUCUCCUACGGUUUUGUAGUUCGCCUCAUUUCCAAUCUUCAGGUUUUAAUUGCUCUUUGUUCUUGACGGCUAUUGCUCUUCUUCUUUUAGUCGGGUUUUUAUUCUCUAUACUUGUUUGUUUUUAUCCUCUGCAUUUUCAUCCUGGAUUUCAAGAAUUUUCUGCACUUACAAAAGUUCCAUCCGCGGAUCGUAUCAAAUACCCACACAUUACUUUUCCAUUUUCCUUCCCUUCUACAUUCUUCUCGGCCCAAAAUGACUCAGAAUGACACCAUUGUGGAAAUGUUUGAUAUCUGCUUCAAACAAGAAGACGUAGAUAGCCUUGAAAAACCUAAUUGGUUUACCGACGUGUCUCUUGAUUUUGUCGAUGCACUAAUCGAAAAUUUAUGGUAUCCUUUAUACCCAACUCAAGCCAAAGGAAUUUUGCUUUUGAGACCUUCCCUUGUGUUCUUGCUUGCUGAGGCUCCUGCAUCACUUGACGAGCUUAAAUCCGCUCUUCCACCAAACCUUUUGUCCUGCAAGUAUAUAUUCAUGCCAAUCAAUGACAUGGACAAAUAUGCCGCUGGAACAGGGGGCACUCAUUGGUCGCUUAUGGCCGUUAGCGUCCCAGAUUCCCAAUGUUACUAUUAUGAUUCCAUGAGCAAUGGAAAAACAAAGGAUUGCUGUAGUGCAUUGAAUCGUAUUUCAAAACUAUUUAAUAAAGAUUUUACAAUCGUGUCUGUCCCCGUACAACAACAGCGAAAUGGUUAUGAUUGUGGUGUUUAUGGUGCUGCUUUUACCCUAGAGCUUGUUCGCCGUCUAUUAAAAUCGCCCAUGCCAACAAGCUCUCAAUGGAAACUCGAUAAAUUUGAUCCCGAUCUAUCCGUGGUUCGUAAAAAGUUGAGUACUUGUUUGGACCAUAUUGUAAAGCACUAUGGGACGAGAGUCAAUUCUAUCGAUUACCAAACGUUUCCUACGAAGGAAGCUUUUUUUGAUAUCCAGCAAGAACUUCCUUCUACAACUGAUGAAUCUUCGUCUAUAACGGAACAUGAUAAAUUCGAGGAUGCCGAGUUAGCUCCUCCUUCCUCUUCCAACGAUUAUCCAGAAGAUGAGCAAACCAAUGCUGAUGCUUCACUAAAUCCGAACCUGGAUAAAUCACCAAAUCAUCACCACCACCAUCAUCAUCGCCAUAACCAUUCUAAUAGCCAAUAUGAACAAUAUGAAGAAAAAAAAGUUAAUGACUUGAAGCCCCCUUAUGAGGAAUUUCAAACUUCAUCGUUAAGAAAUCCGUUUGGUACUCCUCCCGAACCUGCCCAAAGUGUCGGUUUAAAUAACCACUUUGCAUCCUAAGAAGAUGAAAAAAUACGUUUUUGUUAAGGUAAUGAGAUAUAACGACAAAUUAGGACAUAUAGUUUAGUAAUUUAUUUAUUUUCGACUUUCUC